CAGGGCAGGAUGAUGUCAUAAUCCCAGUAAGAGCCCCUUUAUAUGAGCAGGACCCAUUUCUGUACCUGCCACAGCCCACAAUCUGUCUAGUCAACAGCAUUAAGAUGUGCCCAGCCAUUUUAUUAGUUCUGGUCACGUUUCUGCCUUAUAUUUGGUGUGAGCAGCCGAUAAACUGCAGGUGGGGACCGUAUGGAGACUGGUCAGAGUGUGACGGCUGUACCAAGACACAGGUUCGAUUGCGUCAUGUAGACACAUUCCCUCAGUUUGGAGGCAGCACUUGUACAGGCGAUGCCUUGCAAAAACAAUCCUGUUUUCCAAAGAAACGCUGCCCCCUUCAGACUGGGUGCGGAAACAGAUUUCGCUGCACAUCUGGUCAGUGCAUCAAUCCAUCUCUGGUGUGCAAUGGAGAUCAUGACUGUGAAGAUGGUUUAGAUGAGCAGCGCUGUAGUGGAACUAUAGUAUGUAAUGAGUGCAAGCCUCCACCCAACUCUGACCUCACAGGAAGAGGGUUUGAUGUGUUGACGGGUGAGCUGAAAGCCGGUGUCAUUAACACUCGUAGCUUUGGUGGGCAAUGCAGGAAAGUCUUCAGUGGAGACCAUAGAGAUUUCUACAGACUUCCGCAAAGUCUACUCAGAUAUAGUUUUCAAGUCAGGGUAGAAAAUGAUUUCAGUGAUGAGUACUAUGACAGUUCCUGGUCUUACAUGAGGCAUGAAGAGGAGAAAAAGAGAAUUAGAGGAGGUCACGAUCAUAAAACCUUUCAUAACAAACUGAAACAAGACAAGACCUAUCACCUCCUGAUAAUAAAAAAUGAGGUAGAGGUGGCUCAGUUCCAGAACAAUGCUCCUGAGUACCUCCCUCUUUCUGAAGACUUCUGGAAGGAUCUGUUGGCCUUGCCCAGCACAUAUGACCUAUCAACUUAUCAAUUCUUUAUACAGCGUUAUGGUACUCACUACAUGGAAGAGGGCUCUCUGGGUGGCCAGUAUCGGGCCCUGCUUGAGCUGGAUGCAGAUUAUAUGAUGCAGAUGAGUAAAACAGACAUUGAUUUCCACCAGUGUAUUACACGUGUGAAGCGACGUCUCUUCUAUAAAAAGAAAACAACCAAGUGUGUGAAACUGAUGAAGACAAUUGAGAGUUUCAGUGGAGUGAUUGAAGGAGGCUGGAGCUGUUGGUCUGCCUGGAGUAGCUGCUCUCAUGGUCAAAAGUCAAGGACUCGUUCAUGUUAUAAUCCUGCUCCAAGAAACGGAGGCAGGAAUUGCAUAGGAGGGACCAUAGAGCGCAAAAGCUGUGAAGAGCCUGAUUUUGAACACCUCAAAAUGAUGGAGCCCCAAUGUUUUGAUCCCUCAUUGACACCAGUUAAGACAUGUAAAACUCCACCUCCUUUGGCAAAUGGAUUUGUUUUGGACCCAAAAGACAUCUAUCCAGUGGGCAGAAAGAUUGAGUACAGCUGUGCAGAUGGACAUGAUCACUUUGGUGAUCCAAUUGCUGAAUGUACAGAGAACCUGACCUGGAGGAGGUCACCCAUGGAGUGCAAAAAAACAGCAUGUGAUCCUCCAGCUGUUCUGAGUAAUGUCAUUGCCACACCCACAAAACAAGCUUAUCUGAUCGGGGAGAGUGUGACCCUGUCAUGCCCAAGUGGGAUGCAGAAAGAAGGCGAAGCAGAAAUCAUGUGCCGCCUUGGCCUCAGCUGGUAUCCAGCUUCUGAGACUGUCCGAUGCAACCCAGUGGAAGCAGUGCCCACCCAACCAAGUGUACUCUGCAAACCAUGGGAAAACCAGUCAAAGGAUCAGUGUGUUUGCAAAAUGCCUUAUGAAUGCAAGAAUUCACUCCUCAUUUGUGCCUCUGUUCGUCCUGGCCGGGUGAACAGAAUAAGUGUCUGCCAGCUUGGGGCCUUACAGUGUCUAGGCCAAACGUUUUCUUUAAAACAGGAUAGUGCAUGUGGUUGGCCAGAAACCAAAUUCACAUCCUGUCAGGACUGCCAUCAGUGGGAAACAUGUGACGGUUUUAAAUGUGAAUGCAUAGACCCUGAGGACUGCCCAGAUGACUCCGCCCACCUGUGUGUCUCUCUAAAGGGCGGGACUCCUGAGAUGAUGUCAGAGUGUGAGGUGGGAGCUUGGAGAUGCCAAGGGAAAGAGAUCACAGUACUCAGCAUUGGAGACUGUCAGGCAUAAACGACUUUUUUUUCAAUUGCUUUUUCCAACUGUAUGUUUUUACUGUUGUGUGUAGUAAUAUAUAAUGUAUAAAAAUCAUGUUUUUAGUUUGCAAAUAAAUAUUGUAAAUUAGUGCA